UUGGAACAUGCAGGACAUUUCCAUGAAGGUCAGACGGAGGAAAACUUGCAGGAAAAAAAGGGUGGAAGAAGGAAAAUACGAUCUCAUCGAAGAAGGAAUUACUCUCAUCUCUCUUUUCUUUUUUUUCUUGUUGUUGUUUUACAUUUAUUAAAAUAACCUUGGAGUUUUUUUUCGGCUAACCUCUCAGCCCACACAAGAGGAACAACUCCAGCAGGAGAAUAAAAUUUUCAUUUUCUGUCACGAGCGAUGAUGAAAUCUGUGGAAAGUGCAGAGAAAGAGGAAGCAGUUUCCUAGACGAGAGCUUUAUUUUCAGAGAAAUGCCACCUGUGUGUCAGAUUUAGACGUUUUUGUAUUUAAUACAUCUGCUUGUUUCCCUGCGUGGAAGAUGUCGCGCGUCGUGGUGAGCGAUGUUUCAGCUCUGUGGAGUGGCAUGUGGAAGCAGUGCAUCUCUGUAAGGACUAAAAGUGUGGAGGGGGAAGUCCAGAGCACUGAGCCGCCCUCUUCCCUGGAUCGAGGCAAAGGUUACGGCCCCCUGACCCACAGCUCCUCCAUCAGCCCGGACCAUUUUGAAGGCUUGGGGUACAGCCAGAACGCCCAGGCUGGUCUUCAGCGUCCACGGAGGCCCAAACUCCAGCACUCGCAGUCCAUCCUCCGCAAGCAAGCCGAGGAAGAGGCCAUCAAACGCUCGCGCUCGCUCUCCGAGAGCUAUGAGCUCUCUACAGAUCUGCAGGACAAGCAGGUGGAGAUGUUAGAGAGGAAGUACGGCGGACGUUUCAUCAGUCGACAUGCUGCUCGCACCAUUCAAACGGCGUUCCGGCAGUACCAAAUGAACAAGAACUUUGAGCGUCUCCGAAGUUCCAUGUCUGAGAAUCGGAUGUCGAGGCGCAUCGUUCUGUCCAACAUGAGAAUGCAGUUUUCUUUUGAAGGACCAGAAAAAGUCCCAAGCUCAUUUUUUGAUGGGAAGCGGUUAUCUCUGACAGAGGAAGGAACUCCGAUGGGACCUGUCGUGAAGAGUGAUUGUGGAGAUACGGUUCCUGUGCACGUGGCUGCACCCUCGGCACCGAAUGACCUCAGUGACACUAUUACAGAGCUUGAGGACACUUUCUCUCGGCAGGUCAAAUCACUGGCGGAAUCGAUCGACGAUGCUCUGAACUGUCGUAGUCUCCAUGAAGAAGAGGACCAGGAACCCAAGCAGGUUCAAGACGUGCAAAAUGAGCUGUCCUAUCAGGUGAAACCGACUAAUGGCUCUGAUCAACGCAAGCUGGAUGAGAUGAUGGCUUCCUACAGUGGUGUGACGCUCUUCAUUGAUGAGGAGGAUCUUUGUCCUCCUGUUCAGCUCUCACAUACAGCGGAUCCACCAUCCAGCACGGAGUCCGAUCAGCGCGCCAUCAACUCCUCCCAGGACUACUGGCCCAUGGACACCAAGGAUGACAAAAUCAACACAGAUACCAGCUGCCGGAGCACGCCGUCGAUAGACUGUCAGGAGCCACAGCUUCGUAUUGACCAUCUCCCACUCCUGACCAUUGAACCUCCCAGUGACAGUUCACUUGAAAUAAGCGACCGCUCGGAGAUCGAGUCGGUCAAGAGGCAGAACGUUUAUGAGCGGACCACGGCUGGACCUCAGGCCAGUCCCAAACACAUCGCGCACAGUCUACCUCCCAGAGUGUCCUCCCUCUCGCGGGAAGAGGAUCCCAUCAGGCACCGGCAUCGGCAGCUGGAGAGCCAUUUGGCCAUCAACGGGAACCGACAGAGCAAAUCAGAAUCGGACUUUUCAGACGGGGACAACGACAGCAUCAACAGCACUACAAACUCCACCGACACGAUCAACUGCAGCUCAGAGUCGUCUCGAGACAGCAUGAGGGAGCAGACGCUCAGCAAACAGACGUACCACAAAGAGACACGGAACAGCUGGGAUUCUCCAGCUUUCAGCAACGAUGUCAUUCGUAAGCGGCACUACCGCAUCGGCCUCAACCUCUUCAACAAAAAACCAGAGAAAGGCAUUCAGUACCUGACUGAGAGAGGGUUCAUUCCUGAUACACCUGUGGGUGUGGCUCACUUCCUGCUUCAGAGAAAAGGGCUGAGCCGGCAGAUGAUUGGCGAGUUCCUGGGGAACCGGCAAAAGCAGUUCAACAGGGAUGUGUUAGACUGCGUGGUGGAUGAGAUGGACUUCUCAGGGAUGGAGCUGGAUGAAGCGCUCAGGAAAUUCCAGGCACACAUCCGAGUCCAAGGGGAAGCGCAGAAGGUCGAACGCCUCAUCGAGGCUUUCAGCCAACGGUACUGCAUCUGCAACCCAGGAGUGGUGUGCCAGUUCCGAAACCCAGACACCAUCUUCAUCCUGGCCUUUGCCAUCAUCCUCCUCAACACAGACAUGUACAGCCCCAACGUGAAACCUGAGCGCAAAAUGAAACUGGAGGACUUUGUGAAGAACCUCAGAGGAGUGGACGAUGGCGAGGACAUCCCUCGGGACAUGCUGAUCGGCAUUUACGAACGUAUCCGUCAGAAGGAGCUGAAGACCAAUGAAGACCACGUCUCUCAGGUUCAGAAGGUGGAGAAGCUCAUCGUUGGGAAGAAGCCAAUCGGAUCUCUCCAUCAGGGCCUAGGAUGUGUGUUAUCUCUUCCCCAUCGGAGGUUGGUGUGUUACUGCCGGCUGUUUGAAGUUCCAGACCCCAACAAGCUUCAGAAACUCGGCCUUCAUCAGCGGGAGAUCUUCCUCUUUAACGACCUGCUGGUGGUAACUAAAAUUUUCCAGAAGAAGAAGAACUCGGUGACGUACAGCCUCAGGCAGUCCUUCUCUCUGUACGGAAUGCAGGUCCUGCUCUUCGAGAACCAGUAUUACCCUAACGGCAUCCGGCUCACGUCAGCCAUCCCAGGCGCUGAUGUGAAGGUCCUCAUCAUCUUCAACGCCCCGAACCCUCAGGACCGCAAGAAGUUCACAGACGACCUGCGAGAGUCCAUCGCCGAGGUCCAGGAGAUGGAGAAGUACCGCAUCGAAUCCGAGCUGGAGAAGCAGAAAGGUGUGGUGAGGCCCAGUAUGUCCCAGAGCAUGUCUGGUCUGAAGAAAGAGGCGGGGAACGGAACCCUGAGCCGUGCCAGCCUGGAUGACACCUACGCCAUGGGGGAGGGGCUAAAGAGGAGCGCGCUCAGUAGCUCCCUGAGGGACCUUUCAGAGACGGGCAAGCGCGGGCGCCGCACCAGUGCAGGAUCACUAGACAGCAAUAUGGAAGGCUCCAUCAUUAGCAGCCCUCCUCAGCUGCCCCGGAGAGUGCCGUCCGGCCGCGAGUGUCCUCCUCCUCGUCCACACCACUCCAGCACCAACCCUUCCUCCUCCUCUUCCACGCUGCUAGGAUCACUCUUCGGCAGCAAGCGAGGAAAACCUCCUCCUCAUCCUUCACUUCCUGCUCCGCCCUCCUCCUCCUCCUCCUCCUCACACCACCCUGUCCACCCCACCCUUAUCUCCCACAAGCCCCACCCCACCAACCUGCACCACACCGCCCAGGCCCACUUCGAGGCCCACCAUUCGCCACAUUGUUCUCUCCCACAGAACCCUCCACCGUAUCAGCACCACCAUCACUACGACCCGCCUCCUGUCGGGCUCCGGUUCCACCGUCAGCACUCGGGCCACGUCUCUGCACCUCAGCAUCACCCUCAACUCGCUCACAACCACCUUCAUCAACACCAUCGUCAUCAACACCACCAUCACCAUCAACAACGGCACCAACAUCGGGAGCAGCAGCUGGCAUCGGUGUCGUGUCCCAUCAGCGCCAAAUCCAAACACUGUGGCAUCAGCACAGUGGUGUGAGGAUACAACCAGAACCGGAACCGGACAAAAUUCCUGAGAUAACGGUCUGGAGGUUGGAGACGGUUUCAGAGUCGUCCUAAUCAGAAGCUCUGUGUGUAGAACGAUGCGUCUGCUAGAGGAAUUCUGAUGAUGGAUGAAGAAACAGAAGGAGGAUUGUAACGUCUUCUCCGAGGACGCUGUGAAUCCCUGAGAUGCUACGUACAACCGGACACUUUUUAUUUUUUUUCGGUUCCCAAAAACAAAUCCCAGAUGAUCAGCAAAGUCUUUCUCCGGCCGAGCGGUUGGUCUCACCCAUAGUUGUCCUGACGCUGUAUUUAUUGUGGAUAAUGGAAAAGCUUUACAUGUUGUCCUUAGCGAUCAUUUAUCACCGUGCCAAUAAUCCCUGCGUAUGUACUCGGCUCUGUGUAAACUGUAUCCUGUGUGUUCUAGUGUUUUAGUGUGAAAAUGCAUCCAUUGUAAGAUGUUCUAUAUACUGUAAAAAAAAAAUCUAUAUAUACAUAUUCAGAGUUUUUUAAAUAUUAUGGUCAAAUAGAAAUGAAAUAUUACGGUAAGCGGUGCAGGUGAAGCUGGACGUACUGUAUAGAUGUUCGGAGAAAUAUUUUGGAAUUUUAGACGCAUUUGCAAUAUUGCAUUUAAAACAUGUUUUAGAAAGCAGAAGUAGCUGCACUGAGCUAUAAAACUAUAAAGCGAUAAAUAUAGUGUCCUCGGCACCUGGUAGAGCUGCCAGAAGAGCAACACAGGAGCUAAAGAGCACUUUUAUAUAGAGUUAGAGUUAGAAUUAGAAUUCAAUACAUUUCAAUACAAAGUGUGAGAUUUCGAUGUCCCACUCACUGAGCACUUGUCAAAUUUGUUCUUUUUUUUAAAUCUUGUUUCCCGAGACUGUAGAAAAUAACUAGUAUUUUAAUAUGAAGUAAACGUUCCUUGUUUUUUUUUCUCUCAAAGAAAAUGAUGCAAUCAGAUUUGUUUUCUUUUCGCAAAUAUUGAGGUAAAGCUGUAGGUUCGAUCGUUUUAACAUCUGCACAAAUUCUACAGACGUUAUGCACAAAACUAAAGAAGGCCAGUGACUGAAAUAGUUUUUACUCCGAUGUGCAAUAUGUUUAGAUUUCAGGAGGACGAGGCAUGCCACGUAAUUAAUAAUAUGAAUAAAAAUGAUAAGAAAAUUCAAAAAUAAAUAAUUGACUAAAUACUAAAAUUAUUUUAUAAUCUUUGAAUUAAUGCACACAUUGAAUUUUAUUUACUUUUUCACUUUAUUUUUAAUUUUUUUCAUUACUAAUAUUUCUAUUUUUGUUCCUUUACAUUUCCUUUUUGUAUUUAUUUUUUUUCUUCUUAGUUUUAUUUACUUUUCUCUCUUAUCUUUUACUUUUUUCUUUUUUGUGUGAAAUAUUUAUUUUUCCUGUCUCUUUUUUUUUUCAUUUUUUCCAUCUCCUUUUAUUUUUGUAUUUUUAUUUCAUUAAAUUUCCUGGAAAACAAACUCCAGGUUCAAUGUCUGCAUUAAUUUAAUGAUUAAUUUAAUUGAAUUAAUUUCAUGAUUCAGUUCUUGAUUUAUUUAUUCAUUUCUGAAGUAUUUACAUUUUCAUUUGGAGAAUAAAUUUCUGUACUUUUUUCUUGUUUUAUUUUCCUGAUUAAUUGAUUUUUUUUGCAGUUUCGUGAUGCUCCUCGUCCUCUGGAUUUGACAACUUUUUUAAAUUAUUUUCCCCACAAUAACAUGAUUGCAGUGGCUCAUAAAAAAGUGACCCACUCACUGGGAAUUUAGUGAAAUGUCAAACGUCAAGUGUGUGUCCUGUUAAUUGUUGUGUGAUUUUUUUUGUUGUUGUUGUUUGUUUGGUUUGGUUUUUGUGUCCCAGAAAAAUGAAAUCAGUGUUACGUUUCUCAGUUAUGUGCAAUCGUGUAAAGACAGAAAUCCAUCCUGCAGCUUGUUGUUUCUGUAUCAGAUUCAGGUGAAAAAUACGACAGUUUAUGCAAAUCUCUUUCCUUCCAGACGACUGGAAUAUUUUUUUUUUUUUACAGAAUGUAUUUCAGGCGAUGAAACGUAGAAGCACAUUAAACUGUUUCUUGCUGAACCACACAGACACGUUCAGGCGAAGAAAUAAAAACGAUGGACUGUUCGCUUUAAGUGAAAAAUGUCAUCAUUUUGUAAAGCGUUGUUCUGUUCAGACGUUCAGGCAGAUUUAUUCCUCAUAAAGGAUCCGGCUGUUUUCAGGAGUGUGUAGAAUAUUCCAUUGUUCCCUCUGCAUCAUCAUCUCGAGAAACCUGUGAGGAAAUUGUGAUGAGAACUCGACUGUUCUUCAGUGGCCAGAUGUGAGGUUUUUAUCCGAGACGUCUCGUUUCACUGUGAGCUGACGGACACUCGAGCGGGAUAUGCCUUGUUUUCUUUUCCUCCAUCGUUUUUUUUUUGUAACCUCGAUGUUGGAUUUGCUGUAGUACUGCGUUGUGUUUCUCUGAAGUGCAGCAUGCAGAUCAUCUUCACAUAUCCAUUGUAGAAAAAAAAACAAAGAGGAAGGAAGUGAGACGUGAAAAGGGGAGGACUGCGCUCUCACACGUCUGUCUGUCUGUCUGUCAGUGAGAGUCCUCAGAAAUCACAGUGUGAGUAAUGUGGAGACGAUGAUGAUGAAGAUGAUGGAAGGUGUGUGUGCCGUGUGUGGAUGUGUGUUUGAGAUGAACAGACUGUUGGACUCGUUCACUGCCUCUCACGCUGAGCCCCGGAUCGCUGCUGUUCCACACAGAGCAGAACCACAGGCUGGAGAGUUUAUGGAAAAGGGAACGCUCUCAUUUUGAUAUGCAGUCUGUUUGUAAGUGCUUCAAAUCCAGUUAAUGUCAAACUGUGACAAUAUUGAGAAAUAAACCAACGUUAAACAUCA